ACGAAAACUGAAACGAUGGCAAGUAUUCUAUUCUGUUUUCUGGCAAGUUUUCUUGUUCUUCCUGCACUGGAAGCUCAUUCCAAAUCUCUGGAAAGGAUUACCAAUGGUCAAGAGGCCAAAGAAGGGCAAUUUCCUUACAUUGUCGAGCUUCAUAUUGAAGCUAAAAUACCUAUUGAAAAUGGUGUAAUAAGAAUUGUUACUUUAUGUGGGGGCAGUAUUAUAGCGAAUGAUUGGAUUCUAACUGCAGCACAUUGCACGGAAAAUGUCAAUGAAAAAACACGUGUAAUCAUCUACUAUGGAUCGAUUCAACAUGGACAGGGCCAAGUUAAAGUCGAGGUCGGUCGAAGGAGUAUCGUUGAACAUCCCAAAUAUCGAAGGUUACCAACGAAAGAAUUAUUGAAUGAUAUCGCAUUGAUACACACUAAAUGGGUAGACUUCAAUGAUCGCAUUCAAAAAAUAGCUUUGCCAAAGGCCAAUCAGCGUGGCGAGUCAUUCGCCGGUCAAUGGUCACAAGCCGCUGGCUGGGGAAAUGUUAAGGAUGGCUCCAAUAUAACUCCCGAUCGAUUGCAGUGGGUUAAUUUAAAGAUAAUGGAAAAUUCUGUGUGCCGUUCCUACUAUCGUAAUAUCGAUGAAAUUCAUUUGUGUGUGGAAACACCAGGACGAAAAGCUACUUGCGGUGGCGAUUCUGGUGGCCCCCUUGUUCUUGAUAACGAAAAUAUACUUGUUGGUGUGACUUCAUUCGGCGUCAUUACCUGUGAACAAGGCUAUCCACAAGUUUUUGCUAGGGUCACUGAAUACUUGGACUGGAUACGUAAAGUUUCGAAUGUGACUUCCUAAUUAAAUGUCUCUAAUUCAUGAAGUAUAAAUAAAAUUCAUAACAGUGUAUACAGCA